AUGCCUUCUGUACAGUUCUACCUCCUGGGACAAGACCCUAGCACAGGGCACAAGAUCGAAGUCAACUCCAGCGAAGUUUCUGACUAUGAUUCGCUCCGUCUGUUGGUAGCAGGGCACUUUGCCAUCUUGGAACCGAGUGUAGAUAACGACACAUUGACCGAAGUAUCCGAGGUCAUCAACAGUCAACAACCAGUUGCGAUCACAAUUGAUGGCAAGCAAGUCAGAGACGUGCCGGGUCCUAAAGGCUUCCCUUACAUCGGCAACUACUACGAGAUCUACCCAGACCAUCUCGGAAACCACCAGAGACUGUUCGACACAUACGGCCCGGUCUUCAAGACAACCAACUUCGGAAGUGUUGUCUACCAAACCAACGAUCCUGUGAUUGCCAACCACGUAUUCAACGAGAAUGGAUUCUUCACCAAGCAAAUCACUCCUGAACAUCCGCUCUUUGGUAUCAUGGAUCAAGAAGCAGGCUUGUUCCUUGCCGACACAGACACCGAAGCCUGGAGAUUGACACACAAAUUCCUUCCGCCAGCAUUCUCGCCGAAGGCAGUCCGUCACUACAGCCCCAAGAUGCAACAGACUGUGGAAUCAGCGUACAAGGUCUUUGAUCAACUGGAUGAGCAAGGCGAUGCGUUCAACGUCUACCUCUACAUGUUGAAGCUGGGAUCGCAAGCUGUCGGUCAACUUACACUCGGCCUCGACUUCAAUCAUUUCUCGUCUGUUUACGCACCGCUUCACAAAAUGGUGCGCGACAUUGCUGAGCUUCUUGAGUUGAACAAGAAGGUUUCAACUAUGGGAGCAUGGUACUCGUACCUGCCUUUCGGCGAUCCCGCAAAGCUGAGACACGUCAGAAACGGUCUUGAAGAGCAGAUGACAGCAGCCAUCGCUGCAGUUACGCCUAAUGGUGUUGAGGAUCUUGAGUUACAAGAUGCAGCACUCAAGGCAUCAUGUAUCGCAGACUAUGCAGUUCGUGCUGUUGACAACCAAGGCGAGAAGCUACCUGAGCGUUACAGAAAUCACUCGAUCAUGGUAGCAACUGCAGCCGGCUUCACAACCACCUCAUCGCUACUCUCAUGGCUCCUCUACGGCCUAGUAACGUACGAAGGUAUGCAGGAGCGCCUGCUGCAGGAGCUCAUCGACAAUGACAUCGACGAUGACACAGUACUAGAUGCCGACAUCAUCGGCAAACUCCCUUUCCUGGACAAAUAUGUUAAGGAGAUGCAGCGCAAACACAACCCAUCCUACCAGCCUGGACGUACCGCUCAACACGAUCUGAUUCUGCCAGGCGGUUACAAAAUUCCCAAAGGUGGCAUCGUCAUUCCCGCACUUCACCAUAUCCACAACAACCCCAAGCUGUGGGACAACCCUGCAAGAUUCAACCCCGAUCGUUGGGACACCGAGGAGGUCAAGAACCGUCACCGCUCCACAUAUGUCCCCUUCGCUCAAGGUCCUCGUGGUUGCAUCGGAUUCAACUUUGCACUACUCGAAGUCAAGAUCUUUNUGCCCAAGUUGGUGUAUCGUUACCACUGGUCAAAGGUUGACGAGGAGGCUGUUGAGUAUGAUCCUUUCUUCCAGCUCAUCAGACCCACCAACUUCAUGGCACGAGCAGAAAGAAGAGUCAAGUGGCCUGCAAAGUCUACUUAA